CCCUCUUCUCCAAGGGAUACCCCACACUUCUCUGCAAUGACCCCUUUUACCACGGUCAUGGAUUCAAGGGGCAUGAAUUUUCGCAGCACACUUUCCUGAUCUACAACGGAAAGAGCGACCAUGCCUUCGCGUCUCGGUCUAAACGCCAAACCACAGUAGCGCUUCCAGAUGCCUCUUGCAGAUGACUUGAAUGGCUUUGGCCGCCGAUUAAAGUUUCCCCGCCACUUCCCCAUAUUGCAGAGCGCCAAUAUCGUCCCCGCGUUCUUUCUCCGCCUAUUGAGAUCCCGACUGUGGUGUUCGGACCCCAUCCGAAGAAAUAUAUAAGAUCUAUCAGAUUCUUGCAACUAUAAGCAAACAAUUGCAUAAAUUAUAACACCGGCACUUCUUCUGUCCGACCUCUUAAUGGUCGAAACAAAUUCAACACAAAUGGAGAACCCCAAAAAUGAGAAGACCGAUGUUGACUUUAUUGAGAGCGUCGAACAGACUGGUCGACUCGCCAAUCAAGGGGAGCAUGAGCUCACACCAUUGAAGGCAAUUCGAGAUAAUCCCUGGGUCAUGCUGUGGUGCAUCUACGCCAUCUGGAUGCUCAUCUUGAACAGUUUUGAAGGCCAAGCAGGUGGCGCGGUGCUCGGCAUUCCAGAGUUCAGAAAGGACUUUGGUUACAAAUAUAAGGAUUCAUAUGUCCUGCCCGUUGACUGGCAGGCGGCCUUUAGUGGGGCCCCGGUUGCAUCUGCUUGUAUUGGAUCCCUCGGGAUUGCCUAUCUUGCAGAUAAGGUGGGGAGAAAAUGGGCAUAUGCCCUUGCUCUUGUAUUUUCAUACGUCGGCAUCACUCUCGAGUUCGUUGCAACUACAUCUCCCAUGUUUUUCGCCGGAAAGUUCAUGAAUGGUUUUGCUAUCGGCGCUUUGGUUACCGUGUCCUUCACCUACAUUGGCGAGAUUACGCCAACUGUUCUUCGCGGUAUCGUGAGCAGUGCAGCUGCAGUAUCCUUCACCCUCGGCCCUUUCCUUGUUGCACUCAUCAUCAAGGGGACAGGCACACUCGAAAGCAGAUGGGCCUACCGCUCUACCUUUGUCGCACAAUAUGCUGUUGCAGCUAUUGGAACAAUAUUCCUCCCAUUUAUGCCAGAGUCCCCAUGGUGGCUUCUCAGCAAAGGUCGUGAAGCUAAAGCCGCCAAAUCCCUUAAGAAGCUUGGGUACUCCCCAUCCGAAAUUAAAAUGCGCAUAGGGCAGAUAAUUUUGACCCUUGAGGAAGUCAAAAGCGAGACCGAUGGAGCCACUUACCUAGAGUGCUUCCGAAAAUCCAACUUACGACGAACAGGCAUCGCUAUCGCCCCCUUUCUCAUCCAGACCUUUUCGGGUAUUUACUUCGCUGCAAGCUACUCGACCUACUAUUACCAACUUGCUGGAUACUCCACCAGCGAAAGUUAUAUUUUGCAGAUUGUACAGCAAGUUAUCUCUAUGAUUGGGAAUAUCAUGUCCUGGUUUCUUGUGGAACGCGUUGGUCGUAGACCACUAAUGUUAUAUGGUCUCUGCUUCCUAACCGUCGACCUACUUCUCACUGGAGGACUUGCUGUCAUUGGAACUCCAGGUGCCCUGAAAGGCACCUGCUCCCUCAUCCUGAUCUACUGCUGGUCCUACAACGUAACCAUAGGCGCUGUUUCCUAUACUCUCCUCACUGAGACGGCGACGUCCCGUCUGCGCGUCAAAACCAUCGCCAUCGGCAUCUUCACGCAAAACGCUCUAAACACCAUGUGGGCAUUUGUACUCCCUAAGCUCUUCAACCCGGACCAAGCAAACCUAGGAGCGAAGGUUUCGUUCAUCUUCGGAGGGCUGGCUUUGCUGUCAUGUGUAUAUUUAUGGGUAUAUCAGCCUGAGACGGCAGGACGGACAUACAAGGAGCUUGAUGAGCUGUUCGCGAAGAAAGUCCCAGGAAGGAAAUUCAAGAGUACUAAAACAGAGGCUGAGAAGGAAGGCGAGCAGAUAAUGGAGUUGAAGCAACAGGAAUUGGCAUACGGAGAUAACACCGGGAGAUAGGAUGUCUUAGAUAGAUAUUUGCAAGAUGAAAUUCAGAG